AUGGUCGAGAAAUCAUUAAUGGGUGAACAUUAUUUGAGUGAAUUACAUCAAAGGAUAUUGAUGACACUCAUUCGUCAGCUUGUUGUGUUAAUUCAUUCGGGACAACUAACCAUUCCAUCGUUCUCAUCGGAUGAAAAUCAAUCUCAUUCAUCAGUCACAACUGAUCAUAAUUAUGUUAGAACAACAAUAGAUUAUGAUCGAGUAACGAAAGAUGAACCAUUUGACCAUGCUCCUUUGAUCAUUCCCACUAAUACUGUUCAAUCUUCUGUUUCCUCGGCUGUUAUCAGUGAUUUAUCUUCCCAAUUACAGCAACGUUAUGAAACAUUAACUGUGGUAACAAGAAGUAUACCGGCUUUAAGUGAUGAUAUAAUUCGCCUUAGUUCUCAAUCAUUACAUCAUCAACAUUUAGCAGAAUCAUAUCAAAAUCAAACAAAUCAAAUAAAACAGUCAAUUGCUGAGAAAGAAACAUAUAUUAAUGUUAUUAAACUAAAUGGCGAAAUUGUACAGCAAGAAAUAACAAGUAUGCAACAAAAAGUUGAUGAUUCACAAUCGUUAGCAUAUGAUGGUACAUUAACAUGGAAAACUUCAAAUGUAAGUGAUAAAAUGGCUGAUGCUCAGAGUGAACGACAAACGAGUAUUUAUUCACCACCAUUUUAUUCAUCGCCAACUGGUUAUAAAAUGAGAGCAAGACUCUAUCUGCAGGGUGACGGUAAUGCACGUCGUACACAUAUGUCUCUCUUUUUUGUUAUUAUGAGAGGUAAAUAUGAUGCUAUUCUCAAGUGGCCAUUUUCAUUUAAAGUAACAUUUUGUUUAUAUGACCAAUCUGGUCAACAACGACAUAUUGUUGAUUCAUUUCGACCUGAUAUUAAAUCAAAUUCAUUUCAAAGACCCCGUUCAGAAAUGAAUAUUGCUUCAGGCAUUCCCAAAUUUUUUCCUCUACCAAUGAUAGAACAAGUUGAUAAUAAUUAUAUUAAGAAUGAUACAAUGUAUAUUAAAGUAAUUGUUGAUUUUGGUGAUAUAUCAAAAAUUAUAUUACCUUAUAUACUGAAUCUUAAUCCAGGUCUACCAGCACAUGUACAACGACAAAUGAUCAAACAAGAAAUUGAAAAGAGACAGGCUCAACAAUCAUUAUCAUUUCCAGUUAAUGCAUCGAUGCCAGUGCAGGGUGAUAACAGGUUAAUCCCACCAUCCACCGAUAAUAAUAACAGUGGCGAUAAUAAUAUGACUUCAUGA